GUUGCUCUAAGUCCCCACGCUGGAGCCGAGGCUCAGCACAGCGCGGAUAGGGGCGCGGAGCGCACUGAGAACCCUACUUUCCCUUGAGCCCGAGCCCGGCAAAUGGGCGAAUGAAGAAGGAGAGCAGGGACAUGGACUGCUAUCUGCGUCGCCUCAAACAGGAGCUGAUGUCCAUGAAGGAGGUGGGGGAUGGCUUACAGGAUCAGAUGAACUGCAUGAUGGGUGCACUUCAAGAACUGAAGCUCUUACAGGUGCAGACAGCAUUGGAACAGCUGGAGAUCUCUGGAGGCGCGCCCACCUUCAGCUGCCCCGAGAGCUCACAGGAACAGACCGAGUGCCCUCGCUGGCAGGGUAGUGGAGGGCCUGCUGGGCUUGCUGCCUGUCCCUCCUCCAGUCAACCAUCUUUUGACGGCAGCCCCAAGUUUCCAUGCCGUAGGAGUGUCUGUGGGAAGGAGCUGGCUGUCCUUCCCAAGACCCAGAUGCCAGAGGACCAGAGCUGUACCCAACAAGGGAUAGAGUGGGUGGAGCCAGAUGACUGGACCUCCACGUUGAUGUCACGGGGCAGAAAUCGGCAGCCUCUGGUGUUGGGAGACAAUGUUUUCGCAGACCUGGUGGGCAACUGGCUAGAUUUACCAGAACUGGAAAAGGGCGGGGAGAGGGGUGAGACUGGGGGAUCCAAUGAACCCAAAGGAGAAAAAGGCCAGUCCAGAGAGCUGGGUCGUAAGUUUGCCCUAACUGCAAACAUUUUUAGGAAGUUCUUGCGUAGUGUGCGGCCUGACCGAGACCGGCUGCUCAAGGAGAAGCCUGGUUGGAUGACUCCUAUGGUUUCUGAGUCACGAGCAGGACGCUCGAAGAAAGUCAAGAAGAGGAGCCUUUCUAAGGGCUCGGAACGGUUCCCUUUUUCCAGCACAGGAGAGCCCAGACAUAUUGAAACCCCGGCCACAAGCAGUCCCAAGGCUUUAGAACCCUCCUGUAGGGGCUUUGACAUUAACACGGCUGUUUGGGUCUGAAUUCGAGAGAUGCUCACUGGACCUAAAAUGCAGACUUGUGAGGGCCCUGGGGGAGGGUGGGCAGAUGGCAUGGUCUUCAGGCCAGAUGCAAGUUCCCAUCCUCAGAAAGAAAGCAGAGUUCUUAGUCAGGCCUCAGUAGAACAGUGGAGAGAGGCUGUCACAGGCCAGGCUGAGCUGAGUCCCUGGAGAGAAUGUGUGUGUGUGUGUGUGUGUGUGUGUGUGUGUGUGUGUGUGUGUGUGUGUGUGUAUGCGUGUGCAUGCACUGUUGUUGUUAGAGGCUGGAUGUGACAAUAAUUGGGAGAGGCAGGAUAGGAGUCCAGGACAAGCCUAUGAUAUUCCUCCAUUACCUUCCCCAAGACCUCAUUUGAACAUUCUAUAUGGAAAGGGGCAUUUAGCCCUCAGGUUUCCCAGAGGAACUCCCAAUAAAGACCUGUCUCAGGGACCCCCAA